UCCAGUCUAUACUAUAGCCAGAUAUCUGAACUGGUGCGGCAACAGACAACACGUCGUUGAAUCAACUUUUGUUUCACUUGUACUUUUGUAGUAAUUGGCCCAAUAAACAUUGUUGUUUUGAAUGUGCGUGACGCCGUCCCCGUGGAAUACCGGUGGUGAGCUUAGGACUAAGGAGAGCGUGGACGUAUUAGCUAUGCAUCAUAACUGCUUCUCGUGUUGGUCCGUGAAACCUGAUCAUUGCAGUUUGAAGUAAUUCUAUUUCGCGAAAUCCCGUGGACAGUUUUCCAGCCUCCUGGCUUAGUGUCAAUUACGACGAAUGAAUCGGUUGCGUGACGAUCGAUCCGAUUUGCAAUUAGAGGAGGAAGAGCAGUGCGCUCGACGCCGAGCUCGAGAGUUUCUAGUGUUUGGCUUGUCCACAAGUCGGUGCUGCACAGUCGGGAACGUGCACUGCCAUGAUACGCAGGUGUUUCUGAUCUUCAAUGAUUGGCUCUCGGUGGAUAGUUUUGCGGUGGUUUGACGAUGGAAAGCUACAAGACUCUACGACCGCUGGGCAAAGGCAGCUAUGGCGAGGUGUUCCUGGUCAAGCACUUGAAAGAGAGCCGACAGUAUGUGGUGAAGAAGAUGGACAUCAAAGAUGUGAAGAAGAGGCAGCAGGAUGCAGCACUGCAGGAGGCCAAACUGCUGGCUAAGCUGCACCAUCCGAACAUCGUCUCCUACAAGGAAUCGUUCCAGGACUCUGGCGGCGUGCUGCACAUCGUGAUGGGCUACUGUGCUGGUGGCGACCUGUACACGCACCUGCGCGAGAAGGUGACCGGUCACCUGGACGAGCAGCAGAUCAUGGACUGGUUUGUGCAGAUCACGCUGGCACUGGAUCACCUGCACAGGCACAACAUACUGCACAGGGAUCUGAAGACGCAGAACAUUUUUCUCAGCAAGAGCAUGCUCAUCAAGGUCGGUGACUUGGGCAUUGCCAGAGUUCUGGAGGAUGAGAAUGACAUGGCAAUGACUGUGAUCGGGACACCGUACUACAUGUCACCAGAGCUGUUCGCUAACAAACCAUACAGCUUCAAGUCGGACAUUUGGUCCUGCGGCUGCGUGGUGUAUGAGAUGGCGACGCUGAAGAGAGCGUUUGGUGCUCGCAACUACCAGGGUUUGGCAAUGAAGGUGAUACAGGGCAAAACACCGCCAGUGCCGGACACAUGUAGCAAAGAACUGGGCUCGACAAUCCGUGCAAUGCUCUCCCAGAGACCUAGCCGCCGUCCGUCAGCAGAAGAACUUCUUCGGCUACCUUUCAUCAAGACGGCAAUUCGCAGUUACCUGGAUCGAUAUCAAAGGCAAGAGCGCAAGCCAACCAAGACUUCACAGACACCAGUGAUAUCCACGACAGCCCCAGUGGCCGAAGACCCGAUCCCGUCCCCCAAGCCCGGCCAGUCUGCAGUCUCACACUCCAGCCCGUCGUCAGAGGUCCACUGUCUUGCAGCACCUGCUCACCUCUCUCCGUCCUUCCAGCCGGCGGAGCAGGACGAGCGGCGGAGGAGCGAUCUAUCUCCGUUCAGCUCCCAGUCCACGUCGGCGUGCAGCACACAGUCUCCACGCAGCGUGUCCAGCAGCUCCGGCUCACGAUGUCCGUCCACUGCUUCGGCUGAUGAUCUUCUCUUCGACAGCGCUCAGAAUAGUCGAGAGCAGCCCGAAGCUGAAGUACCACGUCGCCAGUCAGCGGUAGAUAGCUCUCCUCUCGCCUCUCCUCGAGAUGUUAUUUCUAAGAAGACUAGUCAAUGUUCCAAAGCAAGCCUGGGUGGAUUCCGGCAGCUCCCACCAGCUCCAGCAAGUCGGCAGAAGUCGAAUCCACUCACCGAUGUCAAAACACGUGGCGAGUGUUCUGAUUCAACGACAACUGGAUCUACAGAGAACGGUCAGACAGGACAACAGAGGAGACCGCUCCCGCAAGUAACCAAGCAAUUAGCAGAUGCAGAGUCGUCUGACGGGAAGACGACAUCGUCGGCAUCUACAACGGGCGCAAAGAAGCUACCCGCCCGCCGGCUGAAAAAGAAGCGGGGUACCGAGGGUGUAUCCAAAGCAGGAAAGCCACGGCCGGCCGUAGCUCCAUUACCAGUCGUGACUCCAGACCGGGAGAAGGAGCCAUACGACAGCACAGCAAGUGGUGAUCAGUCCGACACAUCCGCUAACGACUGUCAAUCUCCCAUGACGUCUGUGCGAAAAUCAACCGGGAAACAGAAACGUCCCGGAGUGCAGAAGUCUCGCGACAGUGAAAACCUGGAAAUCGAACCACAAGCAGACCGGGCCGCGGCCGAGAGUCACCGGCUGCACUGCCACCAAAAUGAAUACGAGCAGCGAGUACAAAAGGAAGAUGCCAGCAAUCUUAUCGGUAGCUAUUUAGCCCGCAAGAACAUGGGUAUCUCGUCCGAUGUAGACUCUUGCCCGGAGACUACUGGUGAGCGACGGUCACAUUCCCGCCGUUCUCCAGUGCAUCUGCCAAUGGGGAAGAGUCGUUCGUUUGGAGAUAUUCGCCAAGUCCCCGGCGACACCGGCAACGGUCGUCUGAAUGGAUCUAAGGAGGCGCUUCUCUCUCCCGCAGGUAAUCCGGGUCUGAACCUGCGGCAAAGUCGCAGUGUCACGGAGCUCGUCAAUCCCCGUGCAAACGACCCUGAAUCAAGAGCACCUCCUCGAGUUGUGCAAGCAAGGGUUAAUGGAGAAGAGAAGCACAGCCACGGUGACAAAGCAGUCAAACAGCCGGCAGAACAGCCAGAGACCAGUGACAGCCAGCCCCGGAAGCAAUCUGUUGUUAAGACUACAGCUGUCAGGACUCGCUCAUCGCCUAGCAGAACUCAGAAGAACCCAGUGCCUCAGGCAGCUCGCAGAAGUCUGCCCACCCUGGAAGGAAACUCAAGAAGCUUGUUGAAUAUCAUAGGGCGGAAGAAGGCAACGAAACAAUGUCCACUACCCCCGACCGGCCUGGAGAGUUGUGCAGAGGUGCAGCACGUGAACCGGCCCGAGCCACCCAGACCAGUUCAGCUCAUUCCAUGCUUCGACAACACUGCUUCGAACGACGUCACUGACGGACGCCGAAACAUCUCGCCUCAGCCCGACGCAGUUCGACAGCAAUUGAGCGUGGAACGUGCUAGCAGGGGCACUCAUGGGACAGAGAGGGCUGCGAGUGUUGAACGAGAAGGUUCAGCACCAUCACCGAUAGCGGAUAUUAGCCGCCAGAGAGCUGGCUCUUUCCCAACUGCAUCAUCACACAAGGAACACAGAGAAUCGACCGAGCUAAACAGGCAAGGCUCAUUGCCAUCAGGCAUACCGUCUUCCAAGAUACGUGCACAGAGCAGUACCGCAGGGAAACAAGUAACUCGCACUAUAAGCUCACCACUAGUGCCUUCAUUGGAUGUCAACUUCCCUGAGCAGAGCGGAGCGUCUGCGUGGGCCAGCAGCAGGACAUCUGAAGGUGGUGGAAGGAGCAAACGUGAUGAUCAAUUGGGUAGCAACGGUGAAAGAUGGGCGGUUCCAGUAAAUUCCUCGCUCAGUCGACUGAGAAGAGCUGACUUGGAUGAUGAUGAAAGUGAUAGUGAAGUGCUUCAACUUCAGACCAUCCUGGACACAACACUUGAACUGGAUGCCGGCCAAACGCCAGGCAAUCGUCCUGCGAACGGUAAGACGCACGCAAGAUGGUUUCCCGAUGCCGGUAGCAGCGAACGCGAUACCAGUGAGGACAGCGAGUUGACGAGUGGCGAUGACUUCUACGAAGAACUGGACGUGUCAUCUAACAAGCCAGCCAGGCACAGUCAUACCAGAGCAGAUUUGGCAUCUGGGCAAAGUUCUUCAGCUUUGAUUUCAUCCGAGCAGAGUCACUUUUCUAAACUGCGUCUGGCCUCGCUGGCCAGGACAUGUACGGAAGGUCUGGGCAAGGGCAUGGUCCAAGAAGCUCAUUUCUUACUACAAGGCCAAGCUGGAAAUGAAGAGGAUGUAAUGAUUCAACUCCAGGAAUUGCUCGGGGAGCAGAUGUUUAAUUUGUACGGCAUACGUCUGUUGCAAUGGCAUCGGCUGCGCGAGGAACAGGAACAGUGACUUCGGACCAGUGGUGAAUGCCUAGAAUUCAAGCAGAAUCAUAAUUUCAAUUGGAUCUUUCAGCGCUAGAAAUGAAUAGUGAUCAGUGAAAUAGGAAUUUUAAUAGUUUUUCCCCCGGACGUCAAUGUUACUGUUCAACAAACAAUUUCAACUAGUGCUCAUCCUAGUACACAUGAUAGAUCUUCAUCGCCGUGAUAUUACCUUUCGAAUUUGGUAACAUGGUAUAAUUUUCGAUUUGCCUCACUGGUCGUAAAUCUGCAGUGGUCAGUAAUCUGCGGCAGUGCUUGAUUACACGCUGUUAGGCCAUGGCAUAACUUCUCGUUUUCAACUUGAGAUUGAUAUCUGAUCAUGGAGGGUAACUGGUGUUUACAGCCGCAAUGAUAAUUAUGGUCAUGGUUAAUUUUGUUAUCUUAGGUAUGUUAGGCUAGACAGUUGUCUAAAGUCCCUUGGCUGCUUACAGUGCUCAAUGUCCACUGGACAGUAUGUUAGGCUAUGUGUGUGUGGGAGCAAACCCAUUCCUAUGUUAGGCUAUGGUCUAUUCAAUUAUUUCUUUUAUGCUGAAGCACGUCUGCUGCCGUAUUUUCUCAGCUCUCAAGCAUACUAGGACCCAUGGUAACCAAUACACCUAGCUAUUGCUUUCAAAGCAGUUCCCUGCAAAGUAUA